GUACCCCUCAUCAUUCAUUUUUGAUCCUCAUGUGCUCACCACCUUUAUAUCAAUUCAAGGUACCUUUCCCAGGCUAUCAGAAGAAAUGGAUCGUUUGAUUCCUGUUGUUUUUAUGCAACCAAAUUAGCUUUAUUGGCAGCUGUAAAAGGGUGGGAUAUUGGGUUACUAGCCUUAAGUGGCAUGCAACCUUUUCUCAUACAUACUCUUAGCCUCAACCUCCAAAUGUUAAGAAAAAGAAUCUGUACUGUGAUUCAGAGUCAUACUGGUUAUCGUAUUACAUCCCCAGGGUCAAAAUAAUGUUGUAGAAGUUUAUAGGAAUUGUUUUGCCCUUAACACUGCCCUGACGUCUGUGCGGGAUAGCAGUAAUGAGGACAAUUAUUUCCAUAAUGGUUGGCCAGUAUUAUUUUGUGCUUACCUUGUACCAGGAACUGUUACAAGUGCUUUGCAUGCACUUCUCAUUUAAUGAUAACAACAACCCUAUGCUAUCGCUGACAUUGUUAGCUCCAUUUUACAGCUUGAAGAACAGAAAAUUUAAGUGGCUUUCCAAAGAUCACACAGCUAGCAUAUGCCAGAGCCAGGAUUUGAACACCUUAUGCUGUUUUUGAGUAAGCUUUCAGAAAGACGUGUUCACAGAAGGUGGUGCUUUUGGACCCGGACAGUCCUGGGAGAAGGAAGAAGAGUGUGUGUAAUUUGACCUGCAAUCAGGAAGUUAGCAACUUGCAGGUAGCAACUUGCAGGUGAUUCUCCAGCAGGUGUUCCUGAAUGAGUAAUUUUCAUGAGCAGUUUUCCCACAUGUAGGACCCAACAUGCCAAGAAAAUGAAUGUAGCCUGAUUAUGAUAUAAUAAGAUGAACAGGAUUUAAAUACAUAGGGUUUAUCAUGGCUUCCAGUCACACGGUGUUGAUGCGGCUGGUGGCCUCGGCGUAUUCUGUUGCUCAAAAGGCAGGAACCAUAGUCAGACGUGUUCUUGCUGAAGGAGACCUGGGUAUCGUGGAGAAGACCUGCGCCACGGACCUGCAGACCAAAGCUGACCGAUUGGCACAAAUGAGCAUAUGCUCUUCGCUGGCACGGAAAUUCCCCAAACUAACAAUUAUAGGGGAAGAGGAUCUGCCCUCUGAAGAAGUAGAUCAAGAGCUGAUUGAGGACGGUCAGUGGGAGGAGAUCCUGAAGCAGCCGUGCCCAUCACAGUACAGAGCCAUUAAGGAGGAGGAUCUUGUGGUCUGGGUUGAUCCUCUGGAUGGGACCAAGGAAUAUACCGAAGGUCUUCUUGACAAUGUGACGGUUCUUAUUGGAAUUGCUUAUGAAGGAAAAGCAAUAGCAGGAGUUAUUAAUCAGCCAUAUUACAACUACCAGAACAAUGAAAAGCAGAAGUUAAGGGAACACGGGAAUGAAGCAAAGGCAGGACCAGAUGCUGUGUUGGGGAGGACAAUCUGGGGAGUUUUAGGUUUAGGUGCCUUUGGGUUUCAGCUGAAAGAGGCGCCUGCUGGAAAACACAUCAUCACAACCACCCGGUCCCAUGGCAGCAAGUUGGUGACGGACUGUGUGACAGCCAUGAACCCGGACGAUGUGCUACGAGUGGGAGGAGCAGGAAAUAAGAUUAUUCAGCUGAUUGAAGGCAAAGCCUCUGCCUAUGUAUUUGCAAGUCCUGGAUGUAAGAAAUGGGAUACUUGUGCUCCAGAAGUUAUUUUACAUGCUGUGGGAGGCAAGUUAACCGAUAUCCAUGGAAAUGCCCUUCAGUAUAACAAGGAGGUGAAGCAUAUGAACUCUGCAGGUGUCCUGGCCACGCUGCGCAAUCACAACUACUAUGCAAGUCGAGUUCCAGAAUCUGUUAAAAGUGCACUUGUUCCUUAAAGGAAAAUCUCUUGGACUUAGCUAGGAGAAGAACUUGAUUCUCAGAAUAAUACACUUUAAUUAGACGGAAUUAGAGUUCCACUUUAUUCAUUGUUGAUUAGUGAUUUAUAUUUACUUAGGAGUAGGAAAAGGAAUUAAAAAUUUUUCUUGAUUAAUUUAUCACCCAAACCAAUUGUGACAUCUGAAGGAUUUAUGAAGUAAAUGUGUUAAUGGUUCUUUUCCUCCUUGUAUUUGGAUAAAUGAAAGGAAGGAUUAAUUUCAACUCCCUAUUCUGAUUUGUUGUAUAAUUAACACUCCUGUUAUUGUGAACACGGUUUCUUUAGGGCCCAGAACCACAGGUUGUUACCUAAAUCUCAUUCUUGUUCUCAGUGAUUUUAAAAGUUUUCCUUACUCCAGUGAUGAAUACACUAAAAUGUCAUGUAUGUGGAUGUAAGAGAUUUAUGGGAAAAGAUUCUUUGUAAUAAAUUAAACUAUCUAAUUCUA